AUGGCAGGGUACAAGGAGAUCUUCGUAAACUCUUUAGAUGAAGAUGUUAAGUGUUGUUUCUGCCAUUUACCUCUACGUGAACCCGUUCAAACAAGAUGUGGCCACAGAUUGUGCCGUGAGUGUCUCGAGGAAUUAACGCAGUCGACGACAAAGUAAGAAACAUUUGAUGUAUUCAAAGCUACGGGGAAAGCUUAUUUAUAUUGUGCUUGUAGAUUAGUUGGUAUUCUUAAAAAGAUGUACUCCUCUUUCCCCUUUAUUUUGUGGGAAAUAAAAAGUGCAGGAAUGGUCAAUAUCUCCGGGUUUCAUAGAGGAUAGUACUGGGUUCAAAAAAUGGAGAAAAAUUGUUCCUCGACACUUAAUAAAUAAUAUUCAUCAUGUCGUGGGCAUGCCUGAUUUUUUAAGUGAUCGAGAGAGAUAAUAGGUGGUUUUCAUGCAAUCUCGGGAGACACAAAUAACAAUGGUGAAAUGAACAAAUGCUGGUGGACAAACAAAGCGAGCUAAUGAGCGAUCUUUUGUUUACCGUCCACCAGCAUGGCGGCGAUGACGUAACGUGAAAACCACCUAGGUAUAUCAUAUUGUUUCUUGCUUUUUCUUUGGUCGAGAUUACCUUUUUUCGAGCAAUUUUCACGUGAUUCCCAAAUGUUUUGAUGGGCGGGGUCUUCGUUUUUGUGAUUAAUCUACUUUUUUAACCGAAGCUUCGAGUCAAAUUUGUUGGUGAUUGUAGAUCUUGUUGUUCCUUAAUAUACAGUACAAUCUGAGUUGGCGACUGUUUCAAGCUAAUUUUCAAGUGAUUUUAAGGAAGUAUUUGUCUGUCGUAUAGUGAGACGUGGUCUGGCAUUGUUACAGGGGUCCAAGUUGCACACCCCUGCCAAAAAUGUGCUAAAGGCCUCCCCUCAGCUAGCAAGAAAAAUAAAGGCUCUGGUGGCAGGUUUUCCUGGGGUAAUCCCCAUAAAGAUGACAGGAGUGCAUGUAGGAAAAUUUUCAUUACACCCCUAAAGGUGAUCAUUUUGUGAGCAUGGUUAGAAUUGAUUCAUUCACACUCAUAAGAGGUACCAAAUUAAAUAAACAACAAAUUAAUAAACUCUUCCAAUUGGCAGUGUUUUUGCAUAAAGGCUCGAUGCCUGGUACCAAACAGAAAACACACAAAAGGUAAUGGGCAAAAUUCUGGUGGUAGGAAAGUGCUUAAAUCUAGGGGUAAGGGGACCAGGAGAGAAGCCCUCCUGGGGGUAGACAAGAUCGAGUGGUACCAGGGGUAGCCAACCUGGACAGGAGUCCUGAUCAGUCUACCGGGGUGAGGCCCAUAUCCCCCAGUCUUUAGAAACUAAGGGGAACCAGGAGGGGUGGCCCUCCUGGGUGGAGUACAGAUCAGGUGGGACCAGGGGGUCCACACCCUGGAGUGAACUUUACUGGUAAUGACAAAUUUUGGUUGACUAUUUACUUGACUAACAAAUAAAUCCCUUCAAAUUUACGAUUCAACUCUGUUACCCUUGUAAGGUUCUGCAGCAAACCUAAUAGCCACAAAUUUUGACCCUGAAAGGUACAAUGGUGAUCCUUGUCAUUUUAGAGGAGAGUAAUCCUUCAGGGCAGGAUCAGUUUAAAUUAAUUCAAAGUUUGUGUAUUGAUCAAUGUUUGCAGGGAUGAAAAGUCCGACAAUGAUGAUCUGUUUUCUUUUACUUGCCCAGUGGAUAAUGUGAAGUUGGAUUAUAGCAUGGUAAGUAUUUGUCUGUUAACUAAUUCACUAAUUGUUUUUCUUAUUAAUGAAAAUAUUAUUUUUAUGAUCUUGCCCUUCUGCUUGCCUUUGUUCAUAGGACACCUUCCUCGACAAAGCAACAGAAAGAAAGAUUCUAUCAUUGAUCAUUCGGUGUCCAAAUGGUUCUUGUGAGUGGACAGGAACACUUGGGGAAAAAGAAGUAAGACUGCUUAAUUAAUCCCUAAGAGUGAUCAGCAUCAAAUUUCUCCUUGUAAUAUCAAUGCUUUGUCGAACAGAGUGGUCAUGGGAAUUGAGUGGUCAGAGUGUUCAUGAGAAUUACUGACAUGAUCACACUAGAUGCUUUUGCUUGAUAUUUUAUCAACUUCUCCCCUCUACUUAUGUAGGAAAUGAAUAGGGGAAACAAAUGAGAAUUCAAAUUUUGAUCUUUAAACAAGAGGUACGAAAGUCUUAAACCGACUUGCAGACACUGUUGCUGUGCAAUUGUUAUACCUCCAGUGAUUUCAAUGCACAUUAGUAAGGACCGCCCAUGAUGCGUUCAGCUGGAUGAUGAUACACAGGAAAAAAUAACGGAUUCCCAUUUUUGGAUAUUUUUGGGUAUUUAAAGAAAUAAUACCCACAAAAAUCCCAAAUUUGGAAGAGUGAGACAAGUCCCAAUCUGAGAACUUGGUUGGGAAUUCCCUGGUUGGGACUUGUCUCACUUUGCCAAAUUUGGGAUUUUUAUGGGUAUUCUUUAAAUACCCAAAAAUGGGAAUCUGUUAUUUUUUCCUGUGAUAUUGAUUGUGUACAUUACACAUAAAGUACAAGUUCUUUACCUAAAAUUUUCCUCAGAUACAUGACUGUAAAAAUUGUGUUGCCAGGAGUCUUUCACUGUUUAUCCAAGACUGUCAUUGAACCUGAAAACAACAAUAUAUUCAAACAUACAAUGCAGUUAUUAAUUUUCAUGCACUUUUAAUAAAUAAAUCUAGGACACCAACACAUUCACAAAAAAUGUUUGUGCAUGCUUUUUAUUUGUAUUUCUUAUUACAUGCACAUGCAACAUGAGAUAAAUAUUAUUUCAACAUUACAUUGUUUUGUUCAAUAACAGAAACACCUGGAUUAUUGUCUCUUGCUUGUUGUCUCUUGUACAAAUGAGAACUGUAAAGAGUCCAUGGUGAGGAAGGAUCUGGAUGAACAUGUGACUGUCACAUGUCAAUGGAGGAUGAUACACUGUUCAUACUGUAGUGUUCCACUCGCUAAAUAUUAUGAAGAGGUAAAACCAUCACCUAAAUAAUAGAAGCUGACAAGUAAAUGUGCAGUUAAAUUUUUCUCCAUAUCAUUUUGAUUAUUCAUAAUUGACCAACUUUAGAGCCCUGGCGCCAGGUGAUCAAAGGAUAAUGCUAUCCGUUGAUUCAGUAGCCUCCCCGCAGACGUCCUUUGGGGUUCGUUUGUCACGUAUUCAUUUCUCCCCCACGGACGUCUGCUAAACACAGCCGACAUUUACCUUCUGGAUUGUUUGAAUAAGCCAAAAAGCAGUUAGUCAUUGUGUCACGAUCAGCCAAUCACAGGCUGUGAUAUAACGGGAACGGCACCUGGUGCGAAUUAUUUCCCGCGAAAAGAGAUCGCUUGAGAGGAAUAUUUUACCAUAUCGUCAUUCCAUGCCUAUGCAUGGAUCAGACUCCGAAGAAAGUUGUGAAAAGCGAUUUUUUUUGUUUUCUUUGCGGCUGUAAUUUAGGAAAGGACCGAGUUCGUGUUUUGGGAAAAAGCGCAGUCGACAUUGCAGGGCUCAUCAAACGUGCUCUGGACGUUAAUGUGUCUGAGUAUUCUUCCAGAGGAAUAAUUGUUUUAGUAAAAUCCAACUAGUUGGUCAGAAAUAUCGAGACAAAACAACUUUAGCUAGCAAAACGCGACUCGAUCGCCAUUGUUUUGGUUUUCAAAGCCGGCACUUUUCGUUACUAGUGGGCUAUAAUAUAUAUCAUAGCAGUAGCUCAACCAAUCAGAACGCAGCAUUGAUAAUAGACCACUAGUUGGAUUUUACUAAUAUUUUUAAGACCGGUCCAUGAAAGAGGAGUUGGGGAAAUUGCGUGAAAUUAUUUCACUUCUUGCUGGCGGUUGCCAAAGGGUUAAAGACAAAUUUAAUCAUGAUUGUUGUUUCUAUCUUCUUUCAAGGAGCACAUAAAUGUGUGCGCAAAGUACCUUGUUGAGUGUCCUAACGCUUGCGGUGAGGCAAUGUUGCGAGAAAAGGUAAAGUCUCUAGUUUAGGAUAAUAAUGUGCCAUAUUUUGUUUUCCAGUCUGUAUUUUCGUUGACGCUGUGAACUGUUGUUAGUUGAGAGUUUAAGCUUCACGUAUACCGCAGAAGGCAAACGUCAGAUUCAAGUUGAGAAUUUCUCAAAAUAGAAAAUGUGCAGAUAAAAACAGCUCAAGACAAUUCUUGUGGAUGAAAAAUUGCGUGAAACUACUAAUUUAUUAGUAGAAAUAAUGGACAGUAAACGACAAGGAAAGGGUAGUCACGUGGUACAAAUUCGCGUUUGCCGUUUGACGUAAACGUGAUGCUUAACCCCCCCGGGGGGGGUCAGAAAAAAUUGGUUAGGGGUGUGCGGCCCGCUUCCCAAAACCCUUACCCUAUUUAUGACCAAAAUCUGCGAUUUUCCCUACCCUAUUUAUGACCUAACCAAAAAUUUGAUACCCUAUUUAUGACCUGACCCUUAAAUCAAUACCCUGUUUCAGACCUGCCUUAUAAUUAUUUCCCUAGUUCAGACCAAUGUUAAAGGCAAUGUUUAUCUGCUUUUAUUAGGUUAGGGGGACAUGAUAAGGAAGUAGCUUCUUCUAAAAAAGUGCAUUCAAGGCUACAGUGCAAAAAUCGUUACCCUAUUUAUGACCAAAAUGGCGGCAAAAUAGCCAAAAUCGAUACCCAAUUUAUGACCAAAACGGCUGAAAAACCCUACCCUCUGGGGCCGCACAUACCUAUAUAGCCCAUAUUAGGGAGUACCCCCCCCCCCGGGGCUUAACCUUUCAGUUGAAAUCUUUAUUUCUCUCACAAUUGAAGUUCAGUUUUUCAUCUUGUGCAGAAUGACCUCCAACUGUAUAUGCUUGAGAUUUUCUACUUAUUAGAACUCGUUUGUCAUGGUCUCCUUGGCGCUCACAAGUGGCAUUUGCUAGCACCAUUAUUCAGCCUUCCGCAGUCAAGAAUUGAUGAAGCUGAAUUUCUCUUGGGUCUGGUCCUCUAAGUUCAUGACUUUCUCUCAUAGAUAACUGAUCACACUGAAAAUGACUGUCCUCUUGAGAUAGUAGCCUGUCCUUAUGUUCAUAUGGGGUGUGAUCUCAAGGUAAAUUUUAAUAAGUCUAGUGUGACGUUUUGAAACCGAAACAUGGAAAAGGCAAAAAUCUGGGCUAAUGAAUAGGUGCUCAUUGCUGAAUUUACCAAAGAUAAUCACUCACCUCUCUGGUCGUAGAGUUCUCAAUUUAGAGGAAAUAUGAUUGUGUUAGUUUUUGGGAAUUUAUCGGAGUCAUGUGGGGUGGUCAACUACCACUGCAUACCUCAGACAAUUUGCCUGUGUUUUACCUUCUUCUGCAUGUUGUGUGAAAAAAAAAAACGUUUAUUUAAGAUUCCAAAUCUUCGUUUCCAAUGUGCAAACGUUUCUUUCGGGCUUAAGUAGCUCUUAAUAAACUUGAAUGAUCAGCUCCCUCUUAUCCGUAUAAGUUCGGUUUUUAAUAUCGCUCCGUUUUCAAUGGUGUCCGCUCCCACGUACAGUAAUUUUCUGUUACCAAACUGCAUGAAUAUGUGUCGCCUAUGAACAUUGUUUGACAUCAAUAAAUUCAAUAAAGCUGUAUUAACUUAAAAAGUAAUAAAAAUGUAGCUGUUUUGACCCAUUGCUGCGGUAGACUUUAAUCCUCUCAGUUACAGUUUUUUUAACCUAGAAAGCUAAGAUUGGCUACUUCAUUUUUUGCAGACUAAACGAAAUCAAGUUGAGUCACACCUCCAAUCGGCCACGAGUAAACACCUUGAUUUGGCCUGCUUAAACCUGCUUAGCACUCAAGAGAAGUUCAGAGAAAAGACAAGUAAACUGGAAGAAAAAGUGUCUGGGUUAGAGAAACAAAUUAUCGAAAUGAAAAAAGUAAACAGUUUUCUAUUCAAGAAGAUUGUAUCUCUUAGCACGACACACGAAUCAGUGCAUGAUGAGAAAGUAAGUAGUACACCUAUAGUCCCGAGUAUCUCGGGCUUUAAAUUGCCCGGCGAACGCAUGGAAUUCAAUUUUAUGAAUGUAACUCCUCAGCUGUCUUGGAAGAUAAGUGGCAUCACUGAGAUGUUAAAACCACCUGAACCGUACGGAAAGACAGAAUUACAGAGCGAACCUUUCUACUCAUCUAUCAAUGGCUACAAAAUGAAAGUAUCUUUUUAUCCCAGGGGCACGAAGAGCAACAAAAAUGGAUAUUUGUCACUAUUUUUGGUCAUCAUGAAAGGGGAAUAUGACGAGGCAUUGUCAUGGCCUUUCCGUCAUAAGGUAGUUUUCACCCUAAUUGAUCAGAAAAGAGAACCAGAGAAGAGAUCAGAUUUUUCCAUGGAGUUGAUUCCCGACCCGUCCAAGCAUGCCAAGAGUUGUGCAAAACCAACCCAAGUUGAAAAUGCUAGGUUUGGGUUUUCAAGGUUUCAUUUAAUUUUUCCACUUUGGACCUAUAUUCUCGAUGAUUGUCUGUUGCUUGAGGUGAGAAUAAUUAGAAUAAAACAUGAUUAA